AUGUCUCACGGAGAUAACUAUAAUAGGAGAAGAUCAUACAACGAUAGGCCUAGAUAUCAAGGUAGACGAUUUCCAGACAGGUAAUUACUUGAUUUUUUAAAAGCAAAAUUCCCAAUCAUUUUUUUUCAGAUGGGAAAGAUAUGACAAUGUUGGGCGAGACAUAGAAGGCACACGAUUUGUCCCAUUCAAAACUCCUCUCGACAGUUCAUUUUUCGCUGGUAAAAAUAUGCCACAAGAAUUACAAUUCGAUGUUGCUAGUCUGAUAAAUAUGGCACAACGCGCUGGAAAACAAUUGGGCUUAGUUAUUGAUUUGACCAACACUGAUCGAUAUUAUAAAAAGAGUGAAUGGGCAGAUUAUGAUGUCGGUUAUAUGUAAGUUUUUUUUUCAAAUUCUCGUAGAAUCUAAGAAAAUGUAUACAGAAAACUCAAUUGUCCUGGUCACGAAGUAAAUGAACGCGAAGAUUUGGUCGAAGAAUUCAUCAAAAUUUGUAAAGAUUUCAUAGAGGAUCCACAGAACGGUAACAUUUUCAUUAUUUUUCUCUAUUUUAAGAUGAAAUGUUUCAGAUGGAAAACUGAUUGGCGUCCAUUGUACACAUGGUUUGAAUCGCACAGGUUAUCUAAUCUGUCGAUAUAUGAUUGAUGUGGAUGGUUCCACUGCUGCCGAUGCGAUCUCCAGUAAGUUAACUGAUAACAGAAACCGUUUGCAAGCGAAUAUCGGUUCCAGAAUUUGAGUACUAUCGUGGUCAUGAGAUGGAACGACCAAAAUACAAGAAAUCCUUGUAUAAUGCCGAAUUGUACAAAAAAGGGGUACGUUUUGAUUUCAAAAUUUGUUUUGUUUAUCAAUAAACGAAAUAUUUUCAGCUGAAACCAGAAGAUGAAAAUGUUGAAGCAGAAAGUGCCGAAAAUGAACUGAUAUCAGGCGAAGGUGAAGAAGUUAAUUCAUAA